AUGGCCUUUCCUCAUGCUCCAGGCCUCCUCCCUGCGGAGGUGGCCUUCCUCUGCGAGAUGGAGCAAAUCACCGUCGUCCCACGACAGCGUCUCGAUCGUCUGGACUUACUCGGCGGACCCACCAAAGCCCUCAUACCUCCUCAGCGUACGACGCUUCCGUUGUGGCUUGCGAUCCUGUUAAAACGCCAGCGGCGUACCAACAUCAUACCUCCACCAUGGCUAUCCACGGAGAGCCUCGAGGAAAUUCUCGAAAUCGAAACCAGGCAUUUCACAGAAACAUUUUCUCCUGCCCCACAGAUACCGGCGACGCGACAGACAGAUUACUCUGGGAGACCGUUCUACGCCUCCCCGCCUUUCGUUGGCUCUUGUACUGCGAACGCUGCCCCAACUGCCCUGCCUUAUCAUUGGUAUGAACUCUCAGAGAUAUUGCUCGAAUCUGCAAGCGAUGAUGUGUCAGAUCCGGAUAGAGUACGGCAGCUUCUCAGAGAUAUCAGAGAAGUCCGAUUAGCCAAGAUGCGAAAAGAGGUUGACCAAUUAUCAGGAGAUGGGGAAGGUACACGGCUCGACGGGGUUGGUGCCAUGGAGAUAUCUGAAUCCAGAGGCUUUGUCACAGGAGUCAUGGACGGCCUGAGGAAACUCGACGCCAGCCGAGAACAAGCCCGGCGUGAACGAGAAGAAGAGGAGAGAGAGAACCGAAGAUAUGACGACGAUGAUGAAGACGACGAAAUGACAUAA